CGAACCUGUUGGAGAACUGCAACCGGGGGCCAACGAAUCGAGUUGUAGCAUCUAGAUGAAGUUCGAAGCGGACAGAAAGGUCGAUGAUGCGCCUGGUGCGGCUAAUCCGCGGCUACGUCAUGGCCCCAGGCAACGUCCUCGCUCUGGCCUACAAAGUUACUGCAGCCAGCGGAAUUGGCCCCAACCCAGCCCAGCUUCCCACUGGAGAACCAUUAUUGUUGAGCCACAAGUAUCUUAGUAAUUGCUCUUGGCGUCGGGAAUCUGCUCCGUUUCAAGGGAAGGAAAGUGUUCUGGUUAACUAGCUAUAUCGCCUUUUACGCUCCUCUUUGUCGCUGAGAACUGGACAAGCUCGGUCUUCCAAACUGACUACUGAUUCGCUACCCCCGUUUCGAAUUUUCGAAUUGCAAGGCUGAGUUGACGCGGACAUUGCGCUGGGCUUCGGAGAAGAACGAAUAGAAGUCAAGUAACUAUAGCAAACCGUCCAAUAAUGGGCGAUUAUUGUGUUGUGUUCCGUAUCAUGGGGGGAAGUGUGUGAUGACUAAUCAGCUACAACGCUAUCCAGGUUGAUAUUCGAGAAAAAAAGUUUCUAUCCUUCGACUCGGGCUUUAUUCCAUGCGACAUCUCACAAUUCAAGUUGCUUCUGGUCAUAGGAGCUGGUUGAAUACGGGACCCCAUAUGCUCCCCAGACCCAUCGAGCUAACUGGUGCCGAAUUCCAUUUUAUUCCCGUACCCUUCAUCUUUCGAACGGGAUGGUCUCCAUAUAUUUGAUAGCGCGAUCCGGGGAGCCCUGCAUACGAUGCCUCAUUGACAGAGAACUCUCUCAAAGCGCAUGGAUAUUUCUACGAGCCCGUCGACAGUACCAUAAUGCCUCUGGUCGCUGGCGGCCAAGCAACCAGCUCGAGGUGGACCCCAACAGCCUCGAGGAGACCAUACAAAGACAUCGAUCCGCCAACCGCCAGACGUUCACUAUUCGAAAGAUACCCUCUCGAACAAAUGAUUUUAAGGCGACAAUUCGCCCGGAAUUUAUCCAAUCCCGUUGGAAAUUGGAGGCAGAUCAGUCGGAUCAGCCUGCUCGUCAAGUAGACCUUUCCUGGAUUCUCGACCGCGGCGAAGGCGCCGGCUCCAAAUUUGACGUCCAUUCCUUCCAGGCCCGACGCUACGCUGCAGUCGACCCGACAAGACCCAAUAUUUCAUGGGCGAAGUAUGCACCUUACAGCCCAACGACAGAGCUCCCCUGGCUCAAUUAUGUGGAAAAGUCCGGCGGCGGAGCUGUCGCAUGCCUAGGCGAGGAAAUUAGAGCCUUUGAAAAAUACAUGCUGCCAACUCCUGGUGAGAGGGAUGCGGUUGAAAAAGCUCAAAAUGACGCAAUUGCAUCCUUACAAUCUGUUGAAGCGGACCUACCAAUUCUCAUCGGUUCGCAUAGAACUGGAAUGGCCUUACCCCACUCCUCUGUCGACCUGUUUGUUCCCAUCAAAGAUCUUGAGAGGGCAGAAGAUGGCCGAGGUCCAAGUGCCAAUCGGCCAAAGAUGGUGCAAGCCCGACUCAAACGCCUACGUGAGAUGGAGCGUAUACUGAAAAAUUCUCAGACCCUUUCCAAUGUUACGCUGAGGAGAGAUAGAGACCCAACCUUAUCAGCAAUUCACGAUGCUACGGGCCUACCGGUCCAAUUCCAAUGCGGACCCAGUCCACCCGCCUCCCUGGAUUUCAUACUCAACUACCGCGCAGAAUUCCCGACCCUCCGCGCUUUAUUCAUAGUCCUACGAAUGCUACUCGAAACGCGGGGUCUGCUUGGUGGAACUGAUGGCGGAAUGCAUCCUUAUCUCUUGACCAUGAUGAUUGUUGCAGCUCUCAAGAUUCGAGAGGGCAAAUACCAACGCGACAACGUGGGCGGCCAAUUGUUGCACGUCCUUGAAGUUUAUAUGGAUACAGAUUUUACUAGAUACGGCGUUUCUGUCGAGCCGCCUGGUCUGUUCGACAAAUGGCUAAGUCUAAGGGAAGUAAGGAACAAGGAUGGGAGGGUGAUUCGCUUACACCACCCUUAUUUAAGGGGUCAGCGUAGCAUCAGCAAACGUUCCUUUUCACCCCCAAGCUAUGGGAUGCUGAGCCUGCAAGAUCCCUCUGAUUUCAUGAAUGACGUGGGGUGGACGUGUUUUGUUAUGCCCGAAGUGAAGCAGGUGUUUAAAGCUACACAUGCUGACCUCAAAGCUCGAAUAAAAUCCGAGGAAAAACCCAGUACUGCUCAACAGCAAGAUAAAGACGCCAUCCUUGGAAGCAAUGAGAACAAACCUAGCGAAAGCUUCCUUAGUUUCGCCCUGGGCGCAAACUACCACGACUUCGAAAGAUUCCGCGAUCACAUCCUCAUCGACGCAUCUCUGACAGGAGGAGAUGUCCGUACCGACGAAAUAAAUCGCAAUUUCGAACCGCGCCCUCGCCCGCUCGGGGAAGUGAGGACACACAUGGAAAGUUGGCGCACAGAAGGUGAAGAAGGCCACGUUCCUCGUUGAGGGAUGACUUUCCAGCAUCUCUGUAUUAGCAAAUUCAAUCAUAUACCUCCUGGCACUGGAUAGAUACCCUUUCAGACUUAUGACAACUCCCUCAUCUUUGAGACUGGGUCUUUGGCUUGGAUAUCCCGGCUCGAACAUAGCUCAUUUAAUUGAAAGAUACACCAAGCUGUAUAGAAGUAGUAGUUAGAAUCUUUAAUACCAAUGUCUCAUUACAGCUAGCGCCCACUUCCUUCUAAUGCUUUAGUUUCAUCCUCACUGUUUCCAUCUAAAUUUCUCCCACCCACCUUAUUCAACACUCCUAAGAGUGCGCAUGAAGCUUUUCUAGUAAUAGGGUCAUGUAUAUCGGCAUCUCUGAAGCGGUAUCCUCUUCUUCCCUCUUCGUAGCCCUGCAUGACGUACCAACAUAUCGCCCCUGAAAUCUGAGCAUCUAGUAUGGAUAUUUCGGUCGAUUGAAUAUAGGGGGGCCAGGGGUCUAUGAUCUAUCUAUACAUGCGCAAAUAUCCUAACAUCGCAGAACAACACAAAGGCUCCAAGGAAAGCAACAAGAUGAGCAAAAAAGGCAAACCAAACCCAGUUAGAAAUCUUUAAUCUAAUAUACAGUUUCCACCCCAUCGACCAACUCUCUUACAUGUUCACUUCAAUCACUCAGUCAACUCCACAUCCCACCUCUCAACCAUCUUCUCCCCGCCUCUCCCCUGUACCCAAUUUUCCAACCAUCUCCGCUCUGCCGCCUCCGCCUCACCUUCCUUCAACCCAACCG